AUGGAGAUAUCGCAGUCCAGUGAUGUAUAUGCGCUCAUCAAGCUCUAUCAAACUCUAGGCGACCAGCGCGCACCUGACUUGGGUUUAUCGCUACAGAGACGAUUGCGAGGCUGUAUCUUCUUCACCCGAGAUGCCAUUCAGCAACCAGCAGUUCAACAGUCAACCUUCUUUCGCUCAGUCACAUUCUUUCGCUCGGUUAAUUUCGACCCUUCUCGCUUUGGAGACCUGAUCUCGCAAACUAUGGAUAAGGACGACCUCGAUUCUUUGAAGAUAAUCCAGCCUCUCCUUGAAGAUCCGAUCUCACAAAUUAUGGUCAAGGAUGACCUUGAUUCUUUGAACAUACUCCUGGAAUUAGCAGCACAAGCCCUACACAGAGAUAUUUCAGAAGUGGCUCGCCAGGGUGGUAAUUAUCAAGGGAUUACUUUCCCUGGGCUUGCUAUUCUCUUUCGAGCAAGGAAUAUCCUUAACUGGCUCCUUGAAGGCCCGGAACGCAAAACUGCCAUUGGUUAUUUGCUGUUUGAAAUCUGCAAACCCGGUAAUUGCCUGGAUGCUGCAAUAAGGGCUGGUGGACUCGAAGAAUUUGAGAGAUUAGCAAGACAUGCGGUGGCAGCUCAUGCACUGCAGCCCCAUCGUGGUAUACGUCCUAGAGGCCGCUGGACAAUGCAUAGAUCACACCUUAUCACUGUAUGCCGCUAUGGAUCUGUGGACUUUUUGGACAAGGCCAUCGAAUUUGGCGCAGAUCUUACUCAGAUUCGUGAUAACGACCCAUUCAUAACUGUGCUUGAUGCUGCACUUCAGAACCCAGCCCCAACUUUUUUGGAGACCCUGUUUCAACGGCUUCAGGGCAUUCCUGGUACCGAUAUGACGGUGUAUACUGGAUAUCAAGAUGUUGAAGGGAGACCGUUGCUCCUCCGAGCCAUUGAUCUUGCCUCUCAGGCACCCCAGUUCCGCCCUGGUGAUCUACUCAGGGUUUUUCGCAUACUACGUGAACAGGGCUGCAACUUUCAGGCCGUUGAUGAUAAUGGGCACUCAGUCUUACACCUUGCGAUGAGAUAUUUCGACCUUGAACUUCUCCAACAACUUCAUCAGGCCGGAGCUAUAAUCAACCAGGGGAAUACCACGCAAGCUGGAUCACCGGCACAUGCCUUGAUUAAGGCAGUUCUUGAGCAGUUUGAUACCCCAGAAACACAAAUCAUUGAUAAUUUUAUGGGGCGGGCGAAACGCAUUGCAUCAUGGCUGAAACAGGAGAAUUAUGAUCAGGCUAUUAAAGAUGCUCAAGGACGUACUGCUAUGGCAUUAGACUGGACAGGAAAAUUAACCUCAAUCACUGAGGAACUUCAGUGA